AUGGUGGAUCACGAAACUAAGCAUGCGCCUGCACCGCAAUGGGAUGCUCUUCGCAGAGUGCCCGACAAGCUGCCCAUCAUCGCGCUCUUGAUUCUCGUCGUAGAGCUGGGCGAACGGUUCACGUACUUUGGCCUUAGCGGUCCCAUCCAGAAUUAUAUCAACAAUCCAUACGACCCAGAUUCAGACCUCCCGGGGGCUCUCGGUAAAGGCCAGGCUGUCGCGACAGCAUUGGGUAACUUUUUCAAGUUCUGGGCGUAUGCAUCAACUGUCAUUGGUGCCAUAGUGGCAGACCAGUACCUCGGGAAGUUCAAGGCUAUUGUGUGCGCCUGCGGAAUCUAUAUCGUCGGCCUCGUUAUUCUAGUUGCGACAUCCACUCCUAAUGCUCUUACCCACAACGCUGGUCUUGGUGGCUUAAUUGCUGCCAUGAUCACGAUAGGACUUGGUACUGGAGGCAUCAAGGCGAACGUGACGCCAUUAAGUGCCGAGCAGUACACUAAUGUUCAUCCCGUGAUAAAGACUCUCAAGUCCGGAGAACAGGUUGUUGUCGAUCCAGAGCUCACAGUUCAACGGCUCUUCAACUAUUUCUAUCUAGCCGUCAAUAUUGGUGCGCUAUCGCCACUAAUCACAGUCAACAUAGAGGCACACCAUUCAUUUUGGCUAGCCUAUCUGGUUCCUCUCAUCGCCAUCGUCAUCUCUACCACCGUUUUCCUCAUGGGCAAGAACAAGUAUAUCAAGGUACCGCCAAUGGGCUCGGCGAUUCUCGAUGCUUUUCGCACUAUUGCAGUUGCAAUCAAGGAGAAAGGCUUCGUCAAUGCACGCCCCUCAAUGCUCAGAGAACGAGGUCAUGCAAACAACUACCCAAUCGCUAGUCAAGCAAGAUACACAGACAAGUAUGUUGAUGAUGUGCAGAGCGGGCUCAACAGCUGCAAGAUGUUCCUCUUCUUUCCUUUCUACUUUAUCUGCUGGAACCAGAUGUGGAACAACCUUAUUUCUCAAGCUGGACAAAUGGCAUUGCACGGAACUCCAAACGACCUGCUACAGAAUCUGGAUCCUAUUGCGCUGAUUAUAUUCAUUCCAUUGCUGGACUUGUUCGUGUACCCCUUUCUGCGCAAGUACAAGAUUGACUUCGACCCGGUGACUCGUAUAUUCACUGGUUUCAUGUUCGCCUCCAUCUCCAUGGCUUUCGUCAUCAUCACAGGCCUUGAGCUGGCUUUCACCCGCGCACCCAAAAAUCUACGUUCCGUGAUUUCGGCCCUAUUCUGGCUAACGAUCGGCAUUGCUGCCGCCAUCUGUAUCGCACUAGCCAGUGUAUCACAAGAUCCUUAUCUGGUCUGGAUGUAUGGCUCCUUGGCCAUUGUUGCAUUCGUUGCGGGCUGUGCAUUCUAUGCAUGCUUCUUUUGGAACAGAAAGCAGUGGUCUAGACGAGAAGAUGUCAUCAUUGAGGGACACGCUAUGGAACAUGCUAUGGAGAUUGACGGCGGUGUUCGGUAG